CUCUCCAUUCAUGAAAGCCUUCUAAUCAAUAAACUUGAGAAUGAAACGACUUUUAUUAUGACUUUUAACGACUUUUAAUACGACUUUUUAUAUGAGUUUAAAAGAGUAUCCUGAGCAUGUAAGGAGAUGUGAUAAUCCACAAACAAGAUACGAAAGUUGCCCAAAGACAAAACGUUUGUCUAUGUUCAUACCGCUGAAUGCUGUGAAACCAGAUGAUAGCGGAUAUCGCAAGGAAUUGUUUGGAUUUACAUGCUUUAACUCUUGCAUUGGAGGAAUGAACAGACGACCAACACAUUUAUCCUUUCGACUGGAAUGUGGUUCUAGGGUUGAAGGUAUAGCUGUGGUUGAGCUACGUAUAUGUGCUUCACCUGGAAGGGAUAGCAUUGAAAAGGACUGGGAUCUAAUUCAAAGCUAAACAAACACCAGGACAACGAACCCAGUUCAACGACAGACGUGACAUCAUCCACAACAACAUUAUACCCCCUUCGACAGAGUGUACUCAUGUCAACUGUUAAAGACUCCAGCUCACCCAAACCUUUCCAGUUCUCUAUCACGCAAGGACAACAACCUCGUAAACGACUAAAUCCUUAUGUGAGCGAUGGAUUUGUUGUGAAGAGAGGGAAGUUGAGCCAAGAAUGUGCGCCUGAUUCAUCUUCAAGUUCCGAUGAGACGUUUUAUCUGAAGGUACAUGGUCAGAGGCGUUAUGAGUUAUUAACGAAAAUCAACGAGGUUCUAGAUGGUGUAAAGGCACCUGAUCAAAUACCAAACAAAUAUGCAAGUGAUGAAAGAAGUCCUCCAGAAUUCACUAAAAUUCAGCUAUCUAUAGCUUAA